AUGGGUAUCCCUGAAGUAAGCUCUAAUGAAAAUGUUGAAGGAACCAUAAAAGAAAUUGGCAAAAAACUAGACAUACACAUUGGUAAUUUCAAAUCCUUCAGAUUGGGCAGGAGCGAAAUAGGAAAAAUCAUGCCAAUCAAGGUAGAGUUUGACUCUGAGCAGGAUAAGAUGUCCAUGUUGAAAGCAAUAAAAUCAAAGAGGAUCACAACACAAGAUAUUGGUAUUGUGGGUCAGGGAUAUGAUAUUUAUAUCAAUCAGGACCUUACUGAAUGGAAUCUUCAAGUCUACAAAGCAACAAAAACAUAUGCCAAGGAAAAUAACUAUAAAUUUGUUUGGGUGCAGAAUGGUCAAAUAUUGCUGAGGAAGUCAGAAGAGGACAAAGUGCAUGUGAUUGAAAAAGAAGAGGAUCUGCACAGUCUAAAAAACUUCUAA